AUGGCGCCCGUUGUUACGGGGGAGGCUAUGAGGACUUACUUGAAGGAAAAGGACGAUCAAACCGUGCUCAUACUGCACGCCAAGGUUGCGCAAAAGUCUUACGGCAACGAAAAAAGGCCUGUGUGGAAUAGGUUUUUCUGUCCUCCGCCGUGUGUGUACCUGAUGGGCACCGGCUGGCAGAAGAAGUUAGAGAAAAUGGAGAAGGAGGGUUGCACAGAGCAGGAAGCCCAGGCCUGCGCGUUCAUCGGUAUCGGCAACAGUGAGCAGGAGAUGCAGCAGCUGCACCUGGAAGGAAAGCACUUCUGCACGGCGAAGACGCUCUACAUCAGCGACUCGGACAAAAGGAAGCACUUCAUGCUGACCGUCAAGAUGCUGUACGGAAACAGCUCCAACAUCGGCGUCUUCCUCAGCAAGAGGAUCAAAGUCAUCUCCAAACCCUCCAAGAAGAAGCAGUCGCUGAAAAACGCAGAUUUGUGCAUAGCGUCUGGGACGAAGGUGGCCCUGUUCAACCGCCUGCGCUCUCAAACGGUCAGCACCAGGUACCUGCAUGUGGAGGGGGGGAACUUUCAUGCCAGCUCCCAACAGUGGGGCGCCUUCUUCAUCCACCUCUUGGACGACGAGGAGUCCGAAGGGGAGGAGUUUGCCGUCAGAGACGGCUACAUCCACUACGGCCAGACGGUGAAGCUGGUCUGCUCGGUCACCGGCAUGGCUCUGCCCAGACUGGUACGCCGGCCGCCCCCAGCCGAAGCGCACGCUCUGACGUUUUGCCUUGCGCUGACUCAGGUCAUCCGUAAAGUGGACAAGCAGGCAGCUUUAAUGGACGCGGACGACCCCGUGUCCCAGCUUCACAAGUGCGCCUUCUACCUGAAAGACACGGACAGGAUGUACCUCUGUCUGUCGCAGGAGAGGAUCAUCCAGUUUCAGGCAACACCGUGCUCCAAAGAGACCAACAGGGAGAUCAUCAACGACGGGGCUUCCUGGACCAUCAUCAGCACCGACAAGGCGGAGUACACCUUUUUCGAGGGGAUGGGCCCCGUCCCCACACCGGUCACCCCCGUCCCCGUGGUGGAAAGCCUGCAGUUAAACGGGGGAGGAGAUGUGGCCAUGUUGGAGCUGACGGGACACAACUUCACCCCAAACCUCAGAGUCUGGUUCGGAGAUGUGGAAGCAGACACCAUGUAUAGGUGUGGGGAGAGCAUCCUGUGCGUGGUGCCGGACAUCUCGGCCUUCCGGGAAGGCUGGCGCUGGGUGAGGCAGCCGGUUCAGGUCCCCGUCACGCUGGUGCGGAACGACGGAAUCAUCUACGCCACCGCCCUCACCUUCACCUACACCCCCGAGCCGGGCCCCCGCCCUCACUGCAGCGCGGCGGGCGCCAUCCUGCGCUCCCACAGCACCGCCUCCUCGUCCCCGUCGUCCUCGCCCUCCUCCCUGCUGGGCGGCCUCGCCGACGGCCACGGCGCCUUCGGCGGCGGCAGCGAUCCGGUGUCGGCGCUGACAUAG